CGGAAGUGAAACUAUCGCAACACGGAAGAGGAGGAAAGAAAACAAAUAAUCGUUCGAAAUUGUUCCCAGUUGAAGUCGGAGAAGACGCCCUGAACAGAGAUUACUUCAAGGAUCACCGUUUCCCUUCACGUCAGACUCGGUUCACGAUGGAGUUCUUAUUCGGGUCAAAGAAGACCCCGGAUCAGAUGCUGAAGCAGAAUCAGCGGGCGCUCAGCCGAGCCAUGAGAGAACUGGAUCGAGAGCGAAUGAAACUGGAGCAGCAGGAAAAAAAGAUCAUCGCUGACAUCAAGAAAAUGGCUAAACAGGGACAAAUGGAUGCUGUUAAGAUCAUGGCGAAGGAUUUGGUCCGCACGCGACGCUACGUGAAGAAGUUCAUCAUGAUGAAAGCAAACAUUCAGGCCGUCAGUCUAAAGAUUCAGACACUCAAGUCCAACAACAGCAUGGCACAGGCUAUGAAAGGAGUCACAAAAGCCAUGUCGACCAUGAACAAACAGCUGAAACUGCCCCAGAUUCAGAAGAUCAUGCAUGACUUUGAGCGACAGAGUGAAAUCAUGGACAUGAAGGAGGAGAUGAUGAACGACGCCAUAGAUGACGCCAUGGGUGAUGAAGAUGAUGAAGAUGAGAGUGACGCCAUCGUGUCCCAGGUUCUGGAUGAGCUGGGUCUCAAUCUGUCCGACGAACUCUCAAAUCUCCCGGCCACCGGAGGCAACUUGUCCGUGGCUGCAGGAAAGAAGGCGGAGCCUCAGGCCGCCCUGGCUGACGCAGACGCCGACCUGGAGGCGCGGCUGAACAACCUCAGGAGAGACUGAAAACCCUUCAGACACUGUGGGAAGGUUGUGAAUACAGAAACAAGCAUACUCGAAUCUCUGUGUUUCGAUUCUUUUGAGGGUUGACCGGGCUGAACGGCGACUGUUUCAGAACACUCUGUGGGUUAUACGGCUUUCUGUUUGAGGUGUUUUCUUUUUUUAUGACUGUAUUAUCUAUUUUAUCAACACAAAAAAAAACUUCAGAGGUCUCAAUGUCUUGAUUUAGACAUCGCCAAAAGAUGCAAAUAAAGAGAAAGUGGAAGUUUCUUUCACAGUUUGUGUACAUACUAACUCCUCCACAUAUGACUUUUUGACACUUUGAAUUAACACUAAAAUUUAACAUUUAAAAGAGCCCAAAUUAAAGAUGUUUGAUGAGUGUGUCGCUCUUUCUGUACAUCCGGCUGGUUCUUAAUCAUAAAAUCUACAGUUUUAGCCCCGCUCUUUGAUUUUCUGUGAUUGUUUUAUUCGUUAAGGGAGCUAACAGUAGGCAGACUCCAGCUCAGGAUGGUGCACAGAAAGUCGAUACUGACAUCUUAUUUCUGUCUGAAGAACAGUUUAUAUUACAAGGACAGGAGGCGAUGAAAGGAAGCUAUGUUGAGCUGUUUCUCCACCAGCUGAAAGCACUCCUGUUUACUGCCGAGUCAUCACCUGUUGAAGGAUCUUCAUCGGUGGUGUUUUAAAAAAAUAUGCGCUGGUUUGAUUUUGUUUCUUCAAUAAACUUUUUUUUCAAAUUAAA